AUGGCGCACCACGCGGACGAGACAUAUUCGGGGAAGAAGCAUAAUUAUACCAUGAUUCAAGCGUUCGAAUGGUACGUCGAGGGUGGCGGCGUGCAUUGGAACAAGGUCUCCGGCCUCGUAGACGAUUUGUCCUCCAUGGGCAUCACAGCGAUGUGGCUCCCGCCACCCACCAAAGCCGCAGGGCAAGACUCGACGGGCUACGACGUCUACGACAUCUACGAUCUCGGCGAGUUCGACCAGAAGGGCGGGGUGCGGACGCAUUGGGGCACGAAGGAGGAGCUGUUGAAGUGCGUGAAGAAGGCGCAGGAGAAUGGGAUCGUGACGUAUAUCGAUGCGGUUUUGAAUCAUCGGUUUGGUGCGGAUAGGGCUGAAAAGUUCGCGGUGACGGAGGUAGAUAAUGCUGAUCGGACGAAGGAGACCAGUGACUUGUACGAUAUCGAGGGCUGGACAGGUUUCGACUUUCCCGGUCGCGGCGAGCAAUACAGUUCCCUAAAAUGGAACUUCAACCACUUCACAGGCGUGGACUUCGACAACGCGUCGGGCAAGAAGGCGAUAUUCAGGAUUCAUGGGGAUGGGAAGUAUUGGGCGGAGAGCGUGGAUGGAGAGAAUAAGAAUUAUGAUUAUCUUAUGGGUGCGGACAUCGACCAUUCCCAUCCCGAGGCCCGCGACGACGUCAUCAAAUGGGGGAAAUGGAUCAUCGAAGAAGUAGGCGCGACAGGGUUCAGGUUCGACGCAGUCAAGCACAUCGACAGCGGCUUCAUCGCCGAAUUCAUCAAGACCGUGCGCGAACAGACGAACAAACCGAAGAUGUUCGCUGUGGGCGAGUUUUGGAAGGAUAGUCUGGAGGAUCUGAAUGCGUAUCUGGACAGUCUCGGGACGCAGUUCAGCGUGUUCGACGCGCCGCUGCAUUAUAACUUCGUCGAAGCGGGCUCGAAAGGCCAAGAUUUCGAUAUGCGCGCGAUCUGGGACGGGACGGUCGUGCAGAACAGGCCGAUCGAUGCGGUCACGAUUGUGGAUAACCACGAUACUCAAGUCGGCCAGUCGCUCGAGAGCUGGGUCUCCCCCGUGUUCAAACCCAUCGCCUACGCGUUGAUCCUUCUCCGUCCGGAUGGAUAUCCCUGCGUCUUCUGGGGCGACCUCUACGGCACCUCCGGGCCCAACCCUCAAGAGCCCGUCUCGCAGCUCGCGGAGCUGAUACGUGCACGGAAACUGUUCGCGUAUGGGGAGCUGAGGGAUUAUUGGGAUCAUAUGAAUUGUGUGGGGUGGGUCAGGAUGGGCGAUGAGGGACAUGAUGGGUGUGCGGUGGUGGUGUGUAAUGGGGAGGAGGGGUUCAAGAAGAUGGAAGUUGGACAGGUCGUAAUCGGCGAGGACGGCUGGGGCGAGUUUAGGUGUAGUGCGAGGAGCGUGAGUGUUUGGGUGAAAGAAGGCGCGAGGGGGAGGGAGGAGUAUGGGCGGUAG